GCCGGCGCCUCUCCUCCCUCCGUUCCACAUGUCGAGCCUGCAGCGCCCCGUGGCCUCUUCGGCCCAGGCCCAGCCCGUCUCCCUAACAGCUGAGCAAGCCAAAGUGGUUCUGGCUGAAGUGAUCAAGGCGUUUGGUUCGCCGGAAAACGCCCAGCGCAUGGAGGAGGCGAGAGACAACGCCUGCAAUGACAUGGGGAAGAUGCUUCAGUUCCUGCUACCUGUGGCUACCCAGAUACAGCAGGAUGUGAUCAAAGCCUAUGGGUUCAGCAAUGAUGGGGAAGGAGUCCUAAAGUUUGCCCGAUUGAUAAAAUCUUACGAGUCUCAGGAUCCCGAGAUUGCAAGCAUGUCUGGGAAGCUAAAAUCCAUGUUCCUGCCUGCAAUGACACUGCCUCCCCAUGGGACUGGGGCAGGGGGUGUUGCAGCAUCAUGAAGCUGGCAACCUCUGCUGCCUUCUUGCCUGUCUAAAUUAUGCUACUGCCUUUGCGGCAGUGUUAACUUGAUUCUUGGACACCGUCUUCUUUCUGUUGUCAUGAGAGGUGUUUUCGACUUCUGUGAGCAGUCCUUGUUUUGCAUCAUAUAUUGUGUAUUUUUUGUGCUCGUGAAUAAACUUUGCUUGUUUGUAAAUUA